CAAACUGAAAUAUAUUUCCAGUAAUGGGUAGCAUGAAAUCCCUUCUGCCUCCAAUAUUUCUCUCCAUUUUGUCAUGUUGGUGCCUUGGAAAUGCAGGGCCACAACUUUCUCAUGCAAAAGUCAUCGGAGACAGCAUCAAACCUGGUGAAGUGCUUGGUCCCAAACAGCUGUUGGUUUCAGCUAGUGGGAGAUUUGAAUUAAAGUUCUUCGACAAUAGCAGUGUGGAUGGUGGUGGAUACUUAGGAAUAUGUAACACCUUUUAUAAUAAAUGGGUAUGGGUUGCUAACCGAGACACACCUAUAAGAGGUAGUCAGGUAAAUUUCACAAUGGAUGCAGAUGGCCUGUUGAAGAUUGUGCAUGAUGGAGGGAGACCAAUUCUAUUGAACGCUAAUGAAACAGCACCAAACUCCACUGCUACUCUAGAAAGUUCGGGCAACUUCAUAGUGAAAGAGUUUAAUUCUAAUGGAUCUACCGAGAGGGUCUUAUGGCAAAGCUUUGAUCAUCCGACAGACAUACUUCUUCCUGGUAUGAAACUAGGUAUGAACUUAAAAACACAGCAAAAAUUUAUGCUCACUUCAUGGUUAACUGGCCGAAUCCCUGCAUCUGGAGGCUUUUCUCUUGAAUGGAACCUUACAGCAAACGGGACAGGACUGUUGAUCAUGAGACAUCAAGGGGAUAUAUAUUGGGUUAGUGGGGUUGGGAGCAAUUCCGACUUUGAGAAUGACAGCUCCUUAAGUUACGUGUCUAAUGAGAAUGAGAGCUACUUCAUUUAUUCUACUCCAGUUUCUACUCCAGUUUGGAAUGAUUUCAGGUGGGUCUUGACCGAGGAUGGGCAACUUAUAGAUUACAAAGUAUCUGCUCAUGAAAAUAAAAUGUCUACUUAUGGUAUGUGUUUUGGUAAUUCCUUUGAUCGUGGGUGUGUGGAGCAAAAGGCACCCAAUUGCAGGAAUAGCAAUCAUAAGUUCGAGAAGAGACGUGGUUCUUUUCUUCCAAAAUCAAUUUGUUUUUCGGAUUUCAACUCGAGCAUUAUUAAUAUUGGUGAAUGUCAGGCUCAAUGCUGGAGGAAUUGUUCCUGUGUUGGUUAUAAUACGAUUCUCGAUGUCAAUGAGCAAACUGGAUGCUGCUUCUACAUUAAUGGUCAAUUUGUAGAAGAUAAAACUGGCGAUCAAGAACAGUUAUAUGUUCUAAUUGAAACUGGUAACCAACUCCCCCGCCCCCAAACCCCACCCCCCACAGAGAAGAGAUGGUGGAUAUGGAUCAUAAUAGCAACAGUGGCUACUUUAGUUGUAAUCGAGGGAUUCUUAUGCUUUUUGUGGAGGAAAAAACUCCAAUGGGAGCAAGAAAGCAAUGAGGAAGCAAUAUUACUUGAAUUGACGAAUUCAAACAGAUUUGGGGACGCAAAUGAGAUUAGCAAUGACGGGAAGAAAGGUCAUGAUUUGAAAGUAUUCAGAUUUGCAUCCAUUGUGGCUGCCACAUGCAACUUUUCUACUGAAAAUAAACUUGGACAAGGUGGUUUUGGUCCUGUAUAUAAGGGAAAAUUACCUGAGGGCCAAGAGAUAGCCGUGAAGAGACUUUCUAGAAGUUCUAGACAAGGAUUAGUGGAGUUCAAGAAUGAACUUAUACUAAUUGCCAAACUUCAGCACAUGAAUCUUGUUAGAGUUUUGGGUUGUUGUGUUAAUAGAGAUGAAAAGAUGCUGAUUUAUGAAUACAUGCCCAACAAAAGCUUGGACUUUUUUCUCUUCGAUCCAAAGAAAAGGGAGCUUUUGGAUUGGAAGCGACGUUACAACAUCAUUGAAGGCAUUGCUCAAGGGCUUCUUUAUUUGCAUAAAUACUCUAGACUAAGGAUUAUUCAUAGAGAUUUGAAAGCAGGUAACAUCUUGCUUGAUGACGAUAUGAAUCCCAAAAUAUCGGAUUUUGGCAUGGCUAGGGUUUUUGGGCGGAACGAUGCUGAAGCUAAUACCGAGAGAGUAGUUGGAACAUAUGGUUAUAUGUCACCAGAGUAUGCCAUGGAAGGGAAUUUUUCAGAGAAGUCAGAUGUAUACAGUUUUGGAGUUCUAAUGUUGGAGAUUGUUAGUGGCCAAAAAAAUAGUGGCAUUUAUCAUCGGGAACGCCCCAUGAACUUAGUAGGAUAUGCUUGGGAAUUAUGGAGAGAAGAUAGAAGUUUGGAGCUAAUGGAUUCUACUCUGGUUCAAUCCUAUUCUGAGCUCCAGAUUUUGAGAUACAUUCAUGUUGGUCUCUUAUGCGUACAAGAGUUUGCAGCAGAUAGGCCAACUAUGUCUGAUGUUAUCUCUAUGCUUACCAAUGAAACUACGUCACUUCCUACUCCAAAACAAACAGCAUUUCCCGCUCAAAGAAAUUUGAUAGAGACAAAUCUAUUUAAAAAUGAACAGGAAAGUUGUUCAGCAACUAUAACUAUUUCAGAUAUGGAUCCUCGGUAAAGAUGGAAACCUCAACAUAGAGAUAAAUAUACGGUGAAAGAAAUAUUUCUGUGUAUUCUGGUAAGGCAUUUUUAGAGUUUUUAAUGUGCUAAAAUAUUGUUUUUGUAAUUUUCCCAUGAGAAAAAAAGAAGGGCAUAAUUGCGUAUGCAAAAUGAGACUCUUAUUAGAUUUAGAUAAAGCUCAAAGAACUGCAUUAUACUCUUAUUUUUCUUCAUAUAUUUACAAUACGUGAGACUCCUAUUAGUAUGAGAAUUGUUACCAUCAAAUCUGAUUACAAUCAAAUCAAUCUCAUAUAUUCUCCUACAAAAUCUAAUCACAAUUAUAUGAAGAAUAUAUUCUCUAACAACAAUAUCCUAUAAACAAUAAGAGCU